UGGCGGCAUAACCAACAACUGUUUCACAAUUUUCCUUGUUUUGAAGAUUGAUAAUAGAGUGAUUAUCGAUUCCUGAUGGAAACCAAUGUUUGAUUCAUGUUCCCUAAGAUUAUGGAUGAAAUUUUGACCGACUCUCAGAUAGAGGCAUUGAUUCCCCUCUCCGAUUGCAGUAUAGACCUGGAUGAUGUGGACGCUGACCCAGAUUUCAUUCUCAGCAGUGACGAGGAUGGUGAAUGUCGUAAAAAGGGACCUUGUCUUCCUGUUUUUUUCAAGACCCGACCCAUCGGCUUUAGAAUCAUCAAGUGAUGAAGAACCUGAAGAAGUAUUACCGUCUAGUAGCACAUUGCCAACUGAACACUUACAACUACCUGAAAGCCCUCAGCCACCUGAAAGAAGCCCUCAGCCUAGUACUUCUGGUGUUUCAAAAAAACAAUCUAAAUGUAAAACUGGAGGAAAAAAAUAUAAAACAGUUGGAAAAAAGACAAAACAAGUAAGAGCGAAAAAAACAGGAAAAACCAAGAGCAAGAAAAAAGGAAAACAAAAGACUAAGAAUAAAAAGGACAAGCCUAAGAUACCUUGGGUGCAUGCUAGCAUCUUAAGUAAGAAAAUUCCUUUUGACAAGGAAAAUGAAAAGUUGUCGGAAGACAUCAUGACACUAGAUACCCCUUAUGCUUUUUUUAAAUACUUCUUCAAUGAUACUCUUAUGAGAAAUAUUACGCAAGAAUCAAACUUAUAUUUAGUACAACAAGAUCCAAACACCAAUAAGAGUGUGACUUUGCUAGAACUUCAAAAGAUUUUAGGAAUAUUAAUAAUGAUGUCAAUUGUUAGGUUACCGAAUGUUCGUAACUACUGGAAAGAUAGUAUUGGAAACCAAACUAUAAUAGAAACAAUGGGAGUCAACAAAUUCGAGUUCAUAAGGAGUAUACUUCACUUCAGUGAUAAUCACAAAGCUAUUCCAAGAGGUCAGCCAGGACACGAUCGUCUUUAUAAAUUGAGACCUGUUGUGGAGGAGUUGAGAUCGAAAUUCAAAUCGGUUGCACUGGAACAAAAGCUAUGUGUUGAUGAGCAAAUGUGUGCAACCAAGGCAAAGAACUAUCUUAGGCAGUACCUACCGAAAAAAACCCACAAAUGGGGGUACAAGAUUUACGUUUUGAGUGGAGUUAGUGGCUUUGCUUAUGAUUUUGAAAUAUAUACUGGUCAAGAAAACAACGAAACCCUUAGACUUCCAGGUGAGCCUGAUCUUGGGUCAUGUGCCAAUGUGGUAGUACGUCUAACUCGAUGUGUUUCACCACAAAAUCAUCAAAUAUAUUUUGACAAUUUUUAUACCUCUCUGCCACUUAUUGUGCAUCUAGCGAAGAAGAAUAUACAUGCAUUGGGAACAGUCAGAAGGGACAGAAUACCAGGAAACAAACUCCCAUCGGAAACGGAACUAAAAGAAAAAGAACGGGGUUUCUCAGCUGAAAAUUGUGUUCAAGUAGAUGAGGUUGAAGUGUCUUGUGUUGUCUGGAAAGACAACAAGUCUGUAACUUGACUGUCCUCCUUUGUAGGUAUUGGUAAACAAGAGCAAGUUGACAGGUUUUGCAAGAAGAAAAAAGUCAUCCAGAAGGUAAACUGCCCUCAAGUUGUAAAAUCCUACAACCAACACAUGGGAGGAGUGGACAAAAUUAACUCUAUUAUUGGAAGGUACAAAAUUAGAAUGAAAACUAGAAAAUGGUACCUUAGACUUUUCUACCAUUUGUUGGAUGUAACAAUGUGCAAUAGCUGGUUGUUAUAUCAAAGAGUCUGUAGGGACAGGGGUGAUAUCAAUAUAAUGCCUCUUGCAGAAUUUAGAGAAUCUGUCGCUAUUACAAUGUGCAGAUUAGGGUCAAAUAUUACUCCAAAGCGAGGAAGACCAAGCACAGAGCUAGAUGUCGCUCUCCUAACCAAGUCUAAGAAGCCUCAUGUUUCUGCUCUUCCACCCAAAGAAGUGAGAAAAGACCAAACAGGGCAUUGGCCAAUCUGGAACAACAACAGACUAAGAUGCAAGUUACCUGACUGUGAGAGCAGAAGUUAUGUGAAUUGUUCCAAGUGUAACCUUACCUUGUGCCUCAAUAAAGACAAAAACUGCUUCUACAAGUUCCAUAACCAGUAAAUGUGACAAGGGACGAAACUCAUUGUUUUAGAGAAGUAUCAAUGCGCUUUUUUACAAAACUGUAUUGUUGUCAAAUUAGAGUAAACAUGAUUUUUUUUGCUUUUUGCCAUUUAUAAUGCA